AUUAAAAACACACUAAUCAUCAAAUCCUCAUCUUUUGUUUUGUGAAUCAUGGCUGUGGGAAGAGGCAGUGCAAGGGUAGCAAUGGCGGCGCUCUGUCUCCUACUGGUGGUGCUUCAAUGCGAGGUAACUCAGGCUGCUACUUAUGUUGUUGGCGAUGACAAUGGUUGGUCGUCUAACAUCGGAGGUUGGGAGGAAGGCAAGACGUUCAAGGCCGACGACAUCCUUGUGUUUAACUAUCAACAAGGAGCACAUAAUGUUGUGGUAGUGAGCGAGGAAGGAUAUGAUGGGUGCAGCGCCACCCCAAGCGACAAGGUGUACACAAGUGGAAAUGACCAAAUUACCCUUGUGAAGGGUCUUAACAACUUCAUUUGUGGUUUCCCUGGUCAUUGUGCUGCUGGCAUGAAGCUUCAAAUCUCUGCAUCUUAA